AGUACUACAAUUACCGCCUUUAUAAUAAGUAUUGUAAACAUAUUUAUCAUGGGUAUUAAAAUGUCAUGAAUCCUUAUGAAAAUGGAUGACGCCCGAGUUUCCGAUUAGUAAUUACAAAUUGAAUGAUCGUUCAAAAGAAAAUUCCCAGUCCGAGCUCAUUUUCCCCCACCGAGUUAUCAUGAACGCACCAUUAUGGCAUACAUAAAUGGCUCUGCUUUUGAGAAAUUAAACGUUCCAUUAUGACACAAAUGUAUAUCAUAGAAACAAACUUCAUACGUAAUUGCCUACGUUUACGAUGAUAAAAUAUUGAAUGUUAGUAACAUUGACCACAUGUGUAUCUUUGAUAUUCAACUAUGAACGGAGUUCAACAUGGUGUCGAUAAUGGUGUAAUAAUUCGGGUCUGACUAGCCAUGGAUGACUCACUGGUGCUGAAGAAACGGGGAUAUACACUGGGCAUCAGUUUAGGCGAGGGGUCAUACGCCAAAGUAAAAUCUGCUUAUUCCGAGCGUCUUAAGACCAAUGUUGCUAUCAAAAUUAUUAACAGAAGAAAGGCGCCAGCGGAUUUUUUGGAGAAGUUCUUACCACGGGAACUGGAGAUCCUUGCAUCCCUAAAUCACCGAAACAUCGUCAAGACCUUCGAGAUAUUCGAGACUUCAGAAGGGAAGGUGUACAUGAUUAUGGAGCUUGGUGUGCAAGGGGACCUACUAGAGUUCAUCAAAUUCAGGGGUGCUUUGCCCGAGGAUUUCACCAGAAAACUGUUCAAACAACUGUCACUUGCAAUACAAUUUGCACACGACCUAGAUGUUGUUCACAGAGACCUGAAAUGUGAAAACCUGCUAUUGGACAAAGACUUCAACCUCAAAGUGUCCGACUUUGGAUUUGCCAGGAGGAUCAAUUAUGAUGAUGCUGGACAAAUGAUUCUCAGCAAAACAUUCUGUGGCUCUGCAGCCUAUGCAGCACCAGAGGUAUUACAGGGGCUCCCAUACAACGCCAAAGUGUAUGACGUUUGGAGUAUGGGGGUCGUUCUAUUCAUCAUGCUCUGUGGGUCUAUGCCCUAUGAUGACUCCAAUAUUAAGAAGAUGCUGAAGAUUCAGAAAGAGCAUCGCGUUGACUUCCCACGCAGCAAAACUGUCCCUACAGAGUGCAAAGACCUGAUGUAUCGCAUGCUUAACCCAGAUGUGGCCCAGAGGAUAGAGGUCGAUGAUAUCCUUGACCAUGUAUGGGUGCAGUCAAAAUCCAAAUCACAUGAUGGUAGUAAGAGACGAGAAGAUGGGCCUUCAUCUGAAGCUGCUUGCUCCAAAAAAGAAAGGAAGGGUGAAAGUAGUAAGCAUCCUCAUGGCAAUGAGAACAAGAAAGGGGCAAAAGUGGAGGUUGAGCCCGAAUUGGGCCCUAAACUUUCUGUGGAGGGCAAAGAGGCAGCUGAACCAUCUAAGCACACCAAGAAAGAAUCAUCCCCAGAUGCAAGGAAUGACAUCCCUGCUGAUUCAUGUUGA